ACCACUGUGCUCCUACAUCAUUGUUUCACUAAUCCAGUAAUCCAUAUUCUAUUCCUCUCGAAAAAAAGAAAGAGAUAAAAAUGGCAGCGUCCUCCUCCUUGUUCUCCACUCCAAGCUUCUCACCCACCAUCCAAAGGCACCAGUACCAGACCCACCUCUCUCCAUCCAACAUAUCCUUCCAAGGCCUCAGGCCACUCACCAAGUUGGCGCCCAGAACCAAGUUCAACACCACACCCAAGACAAGUACUAGUAGUACUGGAGCCGUCGUGAAGGCAGAGCUGAACCCAUCACUGGUGAUAAGCCUCAGCACUGGUCUCUCUCUAUUCCUGGGGAGGUUCGUCUUCUUCAACUUUCAGAGGGAGAACGUGGCCAAGCAGGUUCCUGAGCAGAAUGGACUGACCCACUUCGAGGCUGGCGACACUCGGGCCAAGGAAUACGUUAGCCUCCUCAAAUCUAAUGACCCCGUUGGCUUCAACAUCGUGGACGUCCUCGCUUGGGGUUCCAUUGGCCACAUCGUUGCUUACUAUAUCUUGGCCACCUCCAGCAACGGCUAUGAUCCCAAGUUCUUUUGAGUGAUUCAAUAAAUCUCUCUCUCUCUCUCUCUCUCUCUCUCUCUCUCUCUCUCUCCCAAACAUAUAUAUCUAUGAUCUAUCUUUGAAAUUUAUAUAUUUUAUUUCUGUUUUUGGUUUCAUUUUCGUCUUUAAUUCGUUUGAUUGCAUGGAUCAGGAAGUUAAUUGGGAGAAGCGGGUUGUGCUUUCCUUGUAUUGAUGGGUCCUUUAUUAAUGUUGGCUUUGGAUGGAUUAA